GCAGAAUGGUGCAAAUGUCAGACUAGAGUGAGACUUUCCUGAUUUUUCGCGUGACGUUGAUCAACAAAUCAUUCAAUAGUGAAUUUCCUACCUGGAAGUGGCCCUCUCUCCCUUCUCUUCCUCCUGCAUCUCCAACCGAUCAACCCUGACUUUCUUUCUUUCUUUCUCUUCGGCCCAUCUAUCUGGCAGUACUUUCUACAAUACUACCCAAAAUGGCAACCGAUGAGAACCUGGAGCUAGCUCUUCAGAUCCUUCAAGAAGACCUCGAAGAGCUUGAGGGUCGACAGAAAGGCAAGCAACGAGAUGGAGAGCACACCGACCUGGAGCUUUCGAUCACCACGAUGAGAGAGGAUAUCCUCGCGCUCCAAACAAGCAUCCGAGAUCGUGUCAUGGCUGUCAGCGCCAGCGCAGCGGUCAUCUCCGACCAACAUAUCUUACAGUCGAUUCGACGAGAUGAGGCGGCUGCCGAGCAGGAUCGUGGGUAUGCGCGUGCGCUGCAGAAUAAUCAACGCCACACUCCCGCCACUUCAAACGCAAGCGAGACGUUGGUACAAGAGGACGAUUUUGACGAUUCCAUCUCCACAGUCAUGGGAGAUCUGAUGGACCGGAUGACCCUGACCAGCCAGUCGGAUAACGGUGAAGGCUCCUCUCGCUGGAUAUCGUCCUCUCAGCCCCGGAUGUGCUGUAUUUCUUGCUGGGAGUAUUUCGACAAAACGGAUGUCUUCACAAACCCCUGCGGCGAGAGCCUCUGUCACGAAUGCACGCGCCAGCUAUUCCUCGGCUCUAUCAGAGAUGAAGAACUGUAUCCACCCCGCUGCUGUGGUCGGAUCAUCCCCCCUGAGACUGCCCUCCGCAUACUGGACUAUCGCGAACUGUCCGAGUUCAGUCACAGAGCAAUUGAAUACUCAGCCAAGGAUCGAUUGUACUGUGCCGAGCCGAGUUGCUCCAAAUUCAUCCCCCCGGCUGCCAUCAGGGCUGACUACGGCACCUGUCCAGAAUGCCAUCGACGAACGCAUAUCCCUUGUCGCUCGCUGGCACACCCAACAGUCGACUGCCCGUUGGACCAGCCAUUACAGGAUGUUCUUGCCUUGGCUGAGACGGAGAACUGGCGUCGAUGCUCUAACUGUCGUACGAUGGUCGAGCUUAAACAUGGCUGUCAUCACAUUACAUGUCGGUGCGGUCGCGAAUUCUGCUACGUCUGUGGUCAGCAAUGGAGAACAUGCCAAUGCCCAUUAUGGCAAGAGAGAAGGUUGUAUGCCAUUGCCAACGAGGCGGUUGCCGGCGAGGUGGCCCCGAAUGCAAACGCCGUGGUUCGUCGAAAUGCGUUCAAUCGAAUCGUGGGAGAGCUGGAACGUCUCGAGGAUGUUGGAUGUGAGCAUCAUAGAAGAUCCCAGUGGAGGUGGCAGGAACAUGGCGAUCUGCAAUGCGAAGUGUGCGAUCAUUUUUUGCCGGAGUAUAUCUUCGUCUGUCGGAACUGCCGUAUGAGAGCUUGCUAUCGCUGUCGGAGACAUCGUUUGAGGUGAUGGGGGCAACUCAGUGCAUACCAGAUUUUCCGAAUUCUUCAAAUGUUAGAGUACGGCUAGCUUAGUCUUAUCAAAUCAUAUGG